UUGACAGCGUAGGAGAACCAAACAGGGUGAAUUAUUUUCUACCCACACUCAAUAUAAAACCCAUUGACCAAAAUAAUCUGAAGUCUAUGGAACGUUGAGCAAGGCAGAAAAUUGAAGAGGUUGCUAAGCGAUCAAUGGAAACAGCUGCCACUGAAUAAUGUAGAAUUGAAGUAAGUUGAAUAUAUUUUACAUCAGACUGUAAAAUUAAUUUAAUACAACUAAAUACAUGUAUACAAACAUGUUAGGGGUAAAUGUGUUGUUUAAAGGGAUAUUGCACAUGAAGAAAUGACAGAAGCCACUGCACAAAUGCGAACCAUUAUUGAUGACUUGGGUGUUGGACUCAUGCCUGAUGCUUCUCCAACCUUACGUUCAAAAACUGCUACAUUUCCCCAUGAGCCUGAUUCAUCCAACACAGACAUCCAGGACCAAAUUGCAGAUAGUGAACUGAACAGAGAGAGAGAGAGAGAGAGCACUUCCUUAUUCCAAUUUCAGUCUGCUGCCACAUCUUCUGCUUGGACAGUCAAAAAAGUGAUGAGGGUAGCCAGGACAUGUUCGAGUCCCAGGAGUCUGCAUGCACAGCUGCCUCCAGUCAAUGAUGGAUCGGGCUCUAUUGCAACAUGCAGGGGCUGUGCAGAAAACACAAAGCUGCUACACACAAUUUGCUCCCCUGCUGGAAUUCUUGAAGACUGCAUUUCCUGUCAAAGUUUUUUGAAGCAUCGCAGACUUAGAAUUGAAAGCUAAAGUGGUGUCCUUAGUGCACAGACUAGGAAUAAAGGCGGACAUGCCAGUGAUCAUGCGAAGUGUAAACAAAUUUGCAGCAAGGAAGUUUGUUGACUUCCGAUCACAAACAAAAGUAAAGAGAGCCUUCUGCCAUGAACGAAAGCUGUUCAAGAAGAGACGAAGUGAGGUUUCCACUUCAAUGGAUUUCUGGUCUGAAUUUAAGACAUUCAGAAGGAUGGUGGAGGAGGACCAGGAUCCAUUGAAGUUGGAAAGGCUGAUGGCCAGGGAAGAAAAGAGGAUUGAGAGAUAUCAAAAGCUCCUCUAGAUUAAAAGAAAGAAGAACAAAGAAUAUACAAUGUGCAGUGAACACAAAUAAAAUUUAAAUUAUCCUGAUC